GUUUGUGGUGCCAUAAUUGCUGUGUAAGGUCUUGCUUGUGAGAGCCAGUUUCAGCCUCUGAAAAGGUACAAAACAACUACGGAGAGUCCAAGAUUCCAUAAUGUCAUCAUUCGGUGUUCUUGCUUCAAUGACGGAGGAUCAUUUCCAGUGUCCAAUCUGUCUGAAAGUCUUCAGCGACCCGGUCACCACACCUUGUGGUCACAACUUUUGCAAGACUUGCCUCAGCGAGCACUGGGACCAGAGUGAAUUAUGCAGCUGCCCGGUGUGUCAUAAAAGAUUCCACAUGAGGCCUGAGAUCUCCACAAACGCGGUCAUCGAGGAAAUAUCAGCCCAAAUUAAAAAGAGGAGAGUCGAAACACCUGAAAUCGCUGAUGCACCGUGGCAGGUGAAGUGUGAUGUGUGCGCAGAGAUAAAAUUCAAGGCCCUCAAAUCCUGCCUGGUGUGUCUGACGUCGUACUGCGAAGCCCACCUGGAGCCUCACCAGAGAGUUCCCUCCCUGAUGAGACACAAGCUGGUGGACCCGGUGGAGAACCUGGAGGAGAGGAUGUGUGAGAAGCAUGAGAGGAUCCUCGAGCUGUUCUGCAGGGAUGAGCAGGUGUGCAUCUGUCUGCUGUGCAGCGAGACCGACCACAAAAACCAUGAGACAGUGCCGGUUGAAGAAGAAGGGGCUCAGCAGAGAGAAAACAUUGAGUCCAAGAUGGCAAAGAUCAAACUGAUGAUUGAUGACCGAAUGGAAAAGAUAAAGGAAUUCACAGACUGCUCUGAAAUGAGCAAAGAAAAAGCAAAUAAAGAGAUUGCAGACGGUGAUAAGCUCUUCAACACUCUGAUGAAUCACAUACAAGUGGCGCAAUCUAAGGUGAAAUUAAACAUUGAGAAUAAGCUCCAAAAAUCCCAAGAGAAAGACAAAGCGAUGAUUGAAGAGCUGCAGGAGGAGGUGGCCCAGCUGCAGAGGAAGCACUCUGAGCUGGAGGAGCUUUCAAAAAGUGACGAUUACCUUCAGCUUCUGCAGACUCUGCAGGCUCUGAGCACCAUGUCAGACACCAAGGACUGGUCUAAGAUCAGCGUUUACUCAGACCUGUACGUGCAGACGCUGAGGAGGGCCAUGACUCAUCUUGUGCACACUAUGCAAUUAGAACUGAAAACUCUGACGGACACAGAACUGACCAGGAUGAAACAAUACAAAGAGUCAGUCACCUUUGACUCAGCCACAGCUGGUACCUACCUUGUGGUUUCUGAAUUUGGGAAACGGUUGAAGUGCAACAAAACUCCAAACCCCUCGUCAUCAUCUGCUGACCCAGAGAGGUUCAACUGUUCCAUAGUUUUAGGGACGAAGGGCUUCACCUCCGGACGUCACUACUGGGAAGUCCAAGUGGGCCUGAGAAAUGACUGGGAUGUUGGUGUUGCCAAGGAGUCAGUAACCAGAAAAGGAGAGAUCACUGUAAAGAAAGAAAAUGGUUACUUCGCCAUAGGAAAGACUGGUUUUGAUUAUGAAGUCCACUGUAAACCCUACACAACCCUUCACCUGUGUCCAAGGCCAAGAUAUGUGGGAGUGUAUUUGGACUACAAUGAAGGCAGAGUGUCUUUCUAUGAUGUUGACAGGAAGGUGCACAUUCACUCCUUCACUCGAGAGUCUUUCACGGAGAAACUGUUCCCGUACUUCUAUCUGUACAGCAAGGCCAAAAAAUCAGAGCCCUUGCUUAUUAGAUCUAUGCAUGAUGAAGGAUACUACCUUUCUCUCAUUCGCUCUCUGAAAGGAGCAAAAGAGCAGCAGAACAGUACGAAGUAGAUGUACGGUCCAACUCGAAAAAGUUCCUCUAACACUCACCACGUAUCCAUGAUGUGACAAAAAAAAGCAAUGAAAUACUGUAAUAUUUCAAAAUUAUCAAAUUUAAAAUGAGAAACUCACUAAGCCCUGCCUCUCUUAGGUUACUGUGGCUAUGCCUGUCAACUUUUCCAUUCCUUACAUGCUUAACAAGAGUGCCCAAGUGAUAAUUCCUAAAAUCUGGAAAUGGGUUAGCAUUUUAGCACAUCAGUUAAUCUUCUCAAAGUCAAUGUGUUUUCAUUUUUUUGUUAGCAGCCUGAAAUGAGGUCUG